AUGCGUGUGAUGGUUAGCGGCAACGGCAGAGUACGAGGAAGACGUCGCCGCCGGGGUGGUCUCGGCGGGGUUGGUGCGCUCGGUAGUGGCGAUGGUUUGGCGGGCGGUCUUGGUAGAUCUGACCCCUCGGGGAUGCCUUCACGUUGGUACACUCUUUUGGCGCUUCCAUUCCCCGACCAGCACCUCGGGCGCCGUGAUCUCACUGCUCGUCGGACUGCUGAUCACCCUUACUCUUUCAACCUCUCAGCGGCUCAUCGCGCUGGCUAUUUUUCUAAUCCUUCUUUAUAA